GAAAAGGAUGGAUCAGAGAGAUUGAAAAAGAAGCUUAAUGAAGUCAAUACAGCUGAUCAAACCCAUCUUUCCCCUGUCCAAGAUCACAUCAAUUUCACACUUCAGCAAGCAUAUUUUAAAUGUGCAUAUGAGUGCCUUGACAGGAAAAGAAAGCAAGAAGAGAUAGGAAAUUGUGUAGAACAUUGCAGUGUCCCAGUUGUUUGUGCUCAGCUAAUGACUGGAAGUUCAGGAUAUAGGAACCUUGCACCUAAGACCAAGAAUUUGAUAGUUGCUGGCGGCUUGACAGCAUUUGUAUUUGGGGUUUAUUUCUACACUAUGAGAGCUGUUGGAGGUACAGAUGAACUUCAGGUUGCUAUAGACAAAAUGCAGGAAAGGUUGAAUAGGUCUCUGAUGGUCUGCCAAGACAAAUUUGAGACAGCUAAGCUGCAACAGAUUGGCUCCGAUGCUGUGAAUGCUCUUGAGUCAUGUGUGGACCAGUCAAUCCAGGAUAUCAUCAAUACACUGCCACAUCUAGUUGGAAGGUUGAAAACAUCUCUCUCUAUCAGAGAAUAAAACUAAGUCGGUAGUUUCACAACAAUAUUUCAAUCUUUUGGUAGUUAUUAGAUCCCUGGUUAAACAAUGAAGAUUGGCAAGGCAUACAGUUGAAAUGCACUGUAACUAUUGGGGCAUGAUGAGAUAAAAGAAGCCAUGUAUUGGUUUUUGCUUUU